AUGUCAAUAACUGACGUAGAAACUGAAAUCGUACUUAUUUUGGGAAGAGUAUCUACAUCCUUUUCUUCGGAGUUAGACCUUUCGGAAUUAACAAUUUGUCCCCGGCACUGCUCAUCCCUUGGUAUUGGGUGGCGUCGAGGAUCGAAUCUGUGCCGAGUUCCUCCGCCAAUCUCGAAGCACGGCGGACAAGCCCAAAAAAACGCAAAGGCAGAAAGAGGACUUGGAAAAAGUGCUUGUUAUUUGAUAUGGAAGAAACUGGGAAUUUUUAUUCCAGUUGGUUCAGGUAUGUAUACAUCAUUUUUCAUCUUUUUCAACCAAACAGACCAGCUCUAAAAUGGCGGUCCAAUCUGACACUUCAAUUAAAGCAGUUUGUAAGCACUUUUCUUUUUUUUUUCAUUUUGACUUUUUCAAUAAUUAAGUAGCCGUGACGGUCGCAAAUUCAAUAGCCUUUGUUUAUUUACGUGUUUCUUUUCCUUUCAUUAUUCUAACAUUUUAUAUUAGUGAUUGUAGCAGCAAAAAGGUAAAUUUAGAAGCCUUCACCGGACUCCUAAAAUUACAGCUUUUUAAAGCAGAUUCCCUGAUGGUCUAUAGAUAGUUACAGGGAGACUCAGCCCCUAAAAGGGUACCUUUAUCAGGCUUCAGGUAUAUCAAAGGGUAGGGAAUUGAAGAGUUGAAGUAUAUGAAAGGGCAGGAAAAUCUAUCAUUUAAGUUUUUUAAAACAGGUUCCCUUACUUGUGUAAAUUAAGACCGUAGUUGUUCAGAAUAGUGAUUAUAUCGUAUCAGCAAAAACCUGUAUUUUCCAUCGAUUCACUCAACAGGUAUUUGUCGCAACUGCCGGGUUAAUCUUGACAUGCAGAAAAUAGGGGAGCUGCCCACAAAGCUUCCGGAGACCAAGAACCUUUCUUACGAGGAAACUGAGACCAUUGAGACUUCUGUAAGUUCUGAACUGGCACUCAAUGGAAAUAGUGUUAUUAACAGUGGCACCAAACAAGGCCCGCGGGGCAAAAAAGAUAAAAAAAAAAAAAUGGAUAGGGACCUUAUCAUCACAAAGUCUGCAUGAGCAGGCCCCGUUUCCUUGCUGCCUUUCCUUAAAAUGAACGAAUAAGGAUAGAGAGCACAAAUUAACCGAUUUCGUAGACCUCAAACUGUGUGCUGGUAUCCAAGAAAACAAUGCCAUAUGCUUAUUUUGUGCUUUCUACGUCAGUUUUUCCUGAGUUCCGCAGAUAAUGAAGAGGUUUAAUACCCCAUGCAUUUUAUGUCGCCCUUGCGUCUGCACACAGUUUAAAUUUAUUCAGCGGAUUUUCUAUUUUUAUUCUCACCAAAAUCUGAGAACUUGAAGCAGUGGCAACAAGUUAAAGACCACGUUUUGCUUCCACUUGCCCCCACCUACACACACGCAUCCCCCUACUUUAUACCGCCUGGGAUACGGGUUCAUGUGAUUUUCUCAAGGUUUAGGAUACGGUGAAUAACGCCCAGAAAAACGCUUCGGGUUUCCAAUAUACCACUCCGGGUUCCUUUACUACUCGCUUUAAAUUUCGUACUUAUUUGUCAUAAUGAAAGGUAUUUUAUGUAAUAAAUUAGGCACUUUUUAUCAUAAAUGAAGGCAGCAAAAAAGGUCUUAUUUUUAGUCCAUAAUAAAGGCAACAAAGAUCAGGAGGGAUUAUUGAUCUUUGUCUAAGUGUUGGUUAACUUUGAUAAUUAUGUACCCAAUUAAUUUUUUUCAAUACAGUGUACGUUAUAUUUAUUUUGCGUCCUUGUCUAGGGCGUGAUGUGUAACCUUCCAAUUGCUGCAAGUACUCCUUGUUCGGUGGUAGCACAUGACUUACUGGAGCAAGAAACGUCAUUAUAUUUACCAUCAACCCUCCUAGAAGAAAUCGAGACAAGCACUACAGGAAUGAAGUCGGAAGAACCUAUUGACCACCUUAACAGUUUCUUAAGAAGUCGAGACGUUAGUCCUAUUAGGUACACCCUAAAGACACCUUGGAACGAUGCCAGUGGAAGGACUAGACGACUGCAUGAGCGCAAAGCCAAGCAAGCGGUUUCAGCUGUUCUUGGUGAAAUAGCGCCUAAUGAUCCAGAUCUUCUCUGGGAAUCUAUUAUGUCCUCAAAACAAAAUGAAACUGGAAAUCACAAACUGCUACAAAAAUGCAAACGAGAGGGAUUCUCGCAGGCAGAUAUUGUCCAUUAUGGCGGAUAA